AUGGCUACAAUUUUGAAAUGAAUCUUCUUCCAAGGAUAUCGGUGCCGAGAAACUAGAAUCUGCGCCCACAAGUCCUGCCUAGCAUCUGGUGUUCUUCCGGCCCGCACCGCUUACACUGGUCCUCCCACCCCGGCAAACAAAACUUGCGAUGUGCGAGCUACCAACCCUUCUGGAGCUGGACUAAACUGGUCUCUAUCCCACCCGAUGCAUACCUCCCAUCCACCUACUCAUGGAAAUGCAAACCAAUUCACUAUCGGGCCUCAGCUACACCAGCCCAUUAUAAACCCUAGUCACUCCUUCCAACAGCCCCAACUGCACUUGCUUCAUCUGCAGACCCAGCAACAGUCUACACAAUAUUUACCUCCUGGGUCUUCUGGACUGCAACAGUCUAGGUACUCCAACAUGCCUUUAUUUCAGAAUCAGCCCCAAGCUUCAGUACCAACCUCCGGACCAACAGUAUCGCCACUUCAUUCCAAGUCGUCCUCUGUUUCUUCCGGUGUUGUUUCAUUGCCCACCAACUACCCUGGCACCCUGGCUGGUUCUGUGCCUGGCAGGCCUGCCGGAAUGUUUGGUCUGACACGUACUGCCAGCACGACCUCAUCCACAAUCUCAGCAUUAUCCACCAUAAUCACACCAGUCUCGUCAAUCUUAACAAAUACUGUUGGUGACGGUUCGGUAUCUGUUGGGAAUUCUGUUGGUAGCAUGCCUGGAGGGCAUCGCCACUCCACGGGAAUUGGCUUUCCAUGCCAGGCAUCUAAAUCUUCCGGGACAAUAGGACUUGCCACGCAUGCCUCAUUUUCCUCACCAGCCACUGACACUAGGCCCAUACCCGGAGUUACCCCUUCCUCCUCCACUAUUUCUUCCUCAUCUUCUCCAUCUUCGGCUUCUCUGGCCCGCCGCCUUUCUCAUUCUGAGAUCUUCGAGGUAGAUGCCUCUACUGCGGGUAUCAGUAGCAGUAGCGUCGCUCUACCGACCUCAGCCCUAGCAACCAGCUGCUGGACAACGGAUUCGAACCCGGCGGCAGCUCGCAGGUCCGCUGGCUCUAUGGCCUCUUCCACUUCUUCUUCGGCCUCCAGCACGCCUUUUCGAGCGCGGCUUGCCAUAGUACGAUGUGCUUAUUUGGGUGAUCCACCACCGCCCAAAACCUUACAACCAUCACAGUCCACCCUCAGUGAGGCGACUGAUCAGGCUGCAGAGACGGAUGAUCAACAGCAGAACAACACGGAAAAGGAUAGAGAGGAGUUGGCUUCCUCAGACUCUGAACGCGCAAUUCCUACAUCUUUUGGUGACGGAAGUGUUGCUAGUAUGUCUGACGUCUCUAGGGAUACAUUUUGCACGCGGCCAUUGUGUCUUAAACUUGGCGAAUUCGUAGAGUUGCUGCGAGUAGACUCUGAGACGUCUUGGUGUCUCGGCAGGAGUGGCGAAUCUGAGGGCUGGUUCCCAAUGGAUCACGUCGAAGCAUGUACCAACACAGAAUAUCGGCUUAGUAAAUCCAUUCGACACAUUUCAUACUCAGCCACAGAGCGCCUCUGGACGGGAGAAACUAGUCUGGCUGAUAGUAACAGUAGCUCGCCCCCUGCCGACCUAAAUCAAGCCGAGGUAGUUACCAGCACCGACACCAACUUGGCUCCGCCUUUGGAUCAAGCAGCCACUAGUGCCAGCACUCCAACUGCAGAUGUCAUGUCUACAUUACCUUUAUUCGAUCGGUUUCUCAACAACUAUUCCAGAUCUGACCAGGAGACAGAGAGCCUGGUUUCACCGACUCAAGAACAUAUUAUCACCACGCCUACCCCAAAACCAGUAUCACCAACAGCAUCGGCUUCUUCUCCACUUACCUCUCGAAACCUUCACUCUCUGUCUGGACAAUCGGUCUUUCCAACACCAGCGCCGCCACCACCGCCACCCCUACCGCCUCCAUCUCUUAUGCUGGGCCAGGCCUGCUGGAUGCCUACUACAGCCCCACUUGGUACCACUACCAUAUCCGUGGCACCGACUUCGCCAGUUGGCCAGCUAUCUCACAAUGAUCCCUCGAUCUGGCCAAGCAGUGGACUCAAGUAUAGUACCUCUUUGAACACUACAGGCUCGGUAGUCCAGCAUGCUGUGCGCAUGCCUCCAUCAGCCACGAGCAUCUCCGCUGCUUCAUCAUUCUGUAUGCAGUCACGUUCGCUAUCUCCUCUCUCAUCCCAGCAGCUUUUAUCAGGUUCCAGAAAUGAUUCCAAUCUACGUACAUCGGAGUCACUAAGCUACAGCCAUUGUGUUAACGACUAUGCUUGGUAA